GUGGGCCGGAGGGCGGGGGGCAGAGGCUGCAAACAAGACACGUGUGGGGGCCAAGAUGAAGUUCGCUUACCGGAGCCGCCGCCUCUUCCAUCUUCCAUCGGGCCCCAGCUCCUUACAGGCCUGGCCUGGCCCUGGCUCGGCGCAGGCCUCCAGCAGUUCGGCCCCACACCCAGGGCGCCUCUGGUCUUCCUGCUCAGAGCGCUCCUCCCCUAUCCAGCUCCGGUCCCUUGUGUCGUCUCUCAUUCCGUUUUCCAAUUUGCUGGGGACGGUCUACCGGUGUGGAAACUUAAAUUUUACGUGUGAUGGGAAUUCCCUCAUCAGUCCCGUGGGAAAUAGAGUCACUGUGUUUGACCUUAAAAACAACAAGUCGGACACUCUGCCCCUGGCCACGCGGUACAACAUCAAGUGUGUUGGCCUGUCCCCCGAUGGCCGCCUGGCCAUCAUUGUCGACGAAGGGGGCAACGCGCUGCUGGUCAGCCUGGUCUGCAGAUCCGUGCUCCACCACUUCCACUUUAAGGGCGCCGUGCACAGCAUCGCCUUCUCCCCCGACGGCAGGAAAUUUGUGGUCACAAAAGGGAACGGCGCUCAGCUGUACCACGCCCCAGGGAGGCGGCGCGAGUUCAACGCCUUCGUCCUGGACAAGACUUACUUUGGGCCCUACGAUGAGACCACGUGCAUCGACUGGACGGACGACUCCAAGUGCUUCGUGAUCGGGAGCAAAGAUAUGUCCACGUGGGUGUUCGGGGCCGAGCGCUGGGACAACCUCAUCUACUACGCGCUAGGAGGCCACAGGGACGCCAUCGUGGCCUGCUUCUUCGAGGCCGACAGCCUGGACGUGUACACGCUCAGCCAGGACGGGGCCCUGUGUGUGUGGCAGUGUGACACCCCCCCUGCGGGCCUGAGGCUGAAAGCCCCCUCGGGCUGGAGGGCGGACCUGCUGCGGAGGGAGGAGGACGAGGACGCGGAGGACAACGAGGAGGAGGAGGAGAGCGCCGUCCGCGGGAAGGCGGCGCCGGCCGCCGAGGAGCAGCAGGGGAAAGUCAGAUACUCGCGGCUGGCCAAGUACUUUUUUAACAAAGAAGGCGAUUUUAACAACCUAACGGCCGCAGCGUAUCACAAGAAGGUCCAUCUCUUGGUCACCGGUUUUGCUUCCGGAAUGUUCCACCUUCACGAGCUCCCGGAGUUCAACCUCAUCCACUCCCUGAGCAUCUCGGACCAGAGGGUGGCGUCCGUGGCCAUCAACAGCUCCGGGGACUGGAUCGCCUUUGGGUGCUCAGGCCUGGGCCAGCUGCUGGUGUGGGAGUGGCAGAGCGAGUCCUACGUGCUCAAGCAGCAGGGUCACUUCAACAGCAUGGUGUCCCUGGCCUACUCCCCCGAUGGGCAGUACAUCGUGACCGGCGGGGACGACGGCAAGGUCAAGGUGUGGAACACCCUCAGUGGCUUCUGCUUCAUCACUUUCACCGAGCACUCGAGCGGGGUCACCGGCGUGACCUUCACCGCCACCGGCUACGUCAUCGUGACCUCUUCUAUGGACGGGACCGUGCGCGCCUUUGACCUUCACAGGUACCGGAACUUCCGCACCUUCACGUCCCCGCGCCCCACCCAGUUCUCCUGCGUGGCCGUGGACACCAGCGGGGAGGUGGUUGCUGCGGGCGCGCAGGACUCCUUCGAGAUUUUCAUCUGGUCCAUGCAGACGGGCAGGCUCCUUGACGUGCUCUCCGGCCACGAGGGGCCCAUCAGUGGUCUUUGCUUUAACCCCACAAAGUCGGUGCUGGCCAGCGCCUCCUGGGACAGGACAGUGCGCCUGUGGGACAUGGCGGACAGCUGGAGGACCACGGAGACGCUGGCCCUGACCUCUGACGCUCUGGCCGUGACCUUUCGCCCCGACGGCGCAGAGCUGGCUGUGGCCACCCUGAACUCGCAGAUCACCUUCUGGGACCCCGAGAACGCCGUGCAGACGGGCUCCAUCGAGGGCAGGCACGACCUCAAGUCGGGCAGGAAAGAGCUGGACAAGAUCACCGCCAAGCACGCGGCCAAGGGCAAGGCCUUCACCGCGCUGUGCUACUCGGCGGACGGCCAGAGCGUCCUGGCGGGAGGGAGGUCCAAGUUCGUGUGCAUCUACCACGUCAGGGAGCAGAUUCUCAGGAAGAGGUUCGAGAUUUCCGGCAACCUCUCCCUGGACGCCAUGGAGGAAUUUUUGAACCGAAGGAAAAUGACAGAGUUUGGCAACCUGGCGCUCAUCGACCAAGACGCGGCGGAGGAGGCUGGGGUCGCCAUCCCGCUGCCGGGUGUAAAGAAGGGUGACAUGAGCUCUCGCCACUUCAAACCCGAGAUCAGGGUGACUUCGCUCCGCUUCUCUCCCACCGGGCGCUGCUGGGCGGCCACCACCACCGAGGGGCUCCUCAUCUACUCCCUCGACGCCCGGAUGCUCUUUGACCCAUUUGAGCUGGACACCAGCGUCACUCCUGCGCGCGUCCGGGCGGCGCUGCGCCAGCAGGACUUCACCCGGGCGAUUCUGAUGGCCUUCCGGCUCAACGAGAGGAAGCUGCUGCAGGAGGCCCUGGAGUCGGUGCCCUGGGACGAGGUCGAGGUCGUCAGCUCCUCCCUGCCGGACCUGUACGUGGAGAAGGUGCUGGAGUUUCUGGCUUCGUCCCUGGAGGUGUCGCACCAUCUGGAGUUCUACCUCGUGUGGGCGCAGAAGCUGCUCAUGGCGCACGGGCAGAAGCUCAAGGCCAGGGCGGGGACGCUGCUGCCGGCGGUUCAGUUCCUCCAGAAGAGCAUCCAGCGCCACCUCGACGGCCUCUCCAAGCUGUGCGACUGGAACCGCUACAGCCUCCGGUUCGCGCUGGCCGUCUCCCAGCAGCGGGGCCUGAAACGCGCCUCGGAAGCGCCAGGCAGCGAAGUGGAAGCGGACGGGUCUGACGAGGACGACGAGAGCCUGCACCUGCUCGGGGCGGGACCUGGGGACGCCGACAGGCCGCGCCCAUAGAUCGGGCCACCUUCAGAGCCCCGUGGGGCCAGCUGGGACCUGUCGGGACCCCAGCAGCAGGUGGCCGGGAGCAGGAGCGUGUCUCCUGGUGUCACGGGGACCUGCUUCGCUCUAAGAAGCAAACUUGGCCGCAGAGUCAGCACACAAGUGUCCCGUCCCCAGGAGCUGGCUGCGUGGGACACGCCUGGCCGAGGCCAAGGGCCCUCAUGUAUAGACUCAGACUUUGUGUGAGAGUUUUUAUAUUUUUAAUGUAAAGUUUCGACGAUAAGCUCAGGGAUGAAGAGGGGGUUUUUCCAGUGUGUGCGUGCGGGUGAAGUCUGACCCCUGAGGGUGAAGGGCUGUGGCACGUCUGGGAUGUGACUGUCGUGCGGGGGGUUGGGGCCAGAGCGCAAGUCAGCGUGACCGUUCUCCAGACAGAGGCCUGUGGCUUAGGAGUCACGAGCUGGGCCCUCAUGUCCCUUGUGCCACCAGCUUAUCUUUGGCGCCAGCCCCUUUGUCGCUGCAGAGACACCCAGAGGGUGAUCCAUCCACCGCCAGGAUUUCUGUCGGUGGCCUGGAGAGCCAGCUGCCUAAAGGAAGUGGCCUGUCAGAGCCCACGGUGCUCCUGGGGCACAUGCGAUGGAAUCCAGGUGACAGGGUCUGGCCUUUUAUGUGCAGUCUGGUUUCACAGCCUGUGGGGCCGCGUGCAGGGCCUCCCACCCACCAGCAGGGCAGAACUUCUGGCACAAAGCCCCUGCCUGGCGCCCCGGCGGGGCAAGCCGUGCACUGGAGGCUGCGUGUGACACCUGGAGAUGUGGCGGCGCUGCGGGGAGGGGCUGCGCCCAGCCCCCCCGGUCUGUGGCUCUGAGAGCGGCAGGCCUGCACCCUCAGCGCCCACAGCCUUGCGGAACAGCGCCGUCUGUUCUCAGAUCAAAGAGUGACGCUUCCCUUACUUCUAAGCCGAACCUGGUCUCCUGAGACAGGCCGGGACCAGGGACACGUGGCUGCAGUGCUCGCACCCGGACAGACGUCUCCUGGAGCAGCAGAUGCGCAGAAACCACAAGGGACUAAAAGCAGCUGUGUGUCUGUGCGGUCAGGGCAGACGUGGACCCAAACCGUAGAACCCGCUGCCGCUUCUGAAGAGCCCCGCGCAAAAGCAGGGCAUACGGGCCCCCGUGCACACCACCGAGGGGGGUGGGCAGACCUCCUAAGCCACCGCCCCGGACCCCUGGACCCGCCCCGUCCAAGGAGCAGGGAGCGCGGGACCUGCUGCGCCUUCUUGCCCCCGCUUCCCCGCUACAGCAGGCGCCCAGGUAAAGGAGGCCCAGAACCCAGGUCCGACAGGUCACGUGGUGCCUGACGUGGGGUGCUUGUCCCCUUUCUGGGAGCCUUGGGGACCACCAAACAGCCUUCCCGUGGGUGACAAGCAGCUGCCUGAACCUUGUUUCAGUGUCACCACGUUUGGUCAGUCUGCCUUCCUGGCCCCGGGGCCUCGGUCCCUCAUCCAGGCAGUGUCACCCUUCUCCCGAGUCUCUCCUCUCCUGCACCUGGAGAGGGCCUCAGGCAGCUCCAGCCUCCUCUCCUGGGCGCAGAUCUGCCGAAACGGCACCACAGGGUACUGAGGCCUUGGGGUACAGACAGUCCAGCCUUGGGUUAAAUGCCUGUGGGAUUUUAAAGAGCGGAAAGUUGGGGGUGGGGCAAAGAAUGGAGUUCCCUGGGUACCCAGUGGCCUAGGGGUUAAGAACCCACCCUUGUCACUGCUGUGGUGUAGGUUCAAUUCCUGGCCCAAGAACUUCCAGGGAAAAAAAAAGAAAGCACUCCCACUGGGGUGCCAUGGCAUGGGUGGCACCUGCAGCGUCAGAACACGGGUUUGAUCCCCAGCCCAGCCCAGUGGUUAAAGGAUCCGGUGCUGCCACAGCUGUGGGGUAGUUCGCAACUGCGGCUUGGAUCUGAUCCCUGGCCUGGGAACUCCAUGAGCUGUGGGGCAGCCAAAAGAGAAAAAGCAAGGGGAAAGGGGCUUGCCCUUCCCUCCUCCGCCUCUGCAGGAUGACCGCUCUCCCGGGGCUCUUGGGAACCAUCUGAUCCAACUCCCAGACCCAGGGGAACCGAGAGAGGCCUUUUAAAAGUCACAAAACUGGGAGGUUUCUGGGUCUUCUGCCUCUAUGUGAAAACCAACUUGUAAACGAGCUGUAUUUAAUUGGCUUAAUGGGAACUUAGCACUUACAUAAAGUCUCCGAAAUGUAAAAGACCCACCA